AUGGACGUCCUCAAAGCGGUACAGACGUAUGUGAUGAAGAUGAUCACGGAGGUGCCGGGGAUGAAGGUGUUGCUUCUUGAUGCGCAUACCGUGAUAUCCCUCGUGGCUACGCAGUCCGAGCUGUUAGCGCACGAAGUCUACCUUACCGACCGGAUAGACAACUUAUCACGCGAAUCUCUGUCGCACCUCUCGUGUAUCGCCUUCCUUUCGCCCGGGUCCGUCGAGGGCGUCAAAGCGGAGCUCGCCAAGCCUAGGUAUGGCGGGUACUGGCUUUAUUUCUCAAACACCUUGACCAAGGCCGAGAUAGAAGGGAUGGCCGAGGUGGACGAAAUGGAGGUCGUCCGGGAAGUCCAGGAAUACUUUGCAGACUACCUAGCCCAAUACUCUAGCCAUUUCAGCCUCACUCCAGCUGCAUUGGCAGACGGCGGAGAGGGUCCGCCCAACCCACCGCUAUACCUCCCGCCACCGAUGUUACUCACUCCGCCGACGAUCUCGUACCAGGUCCGAGCUAUCCUGGCUGUCCUGCUCAGUCUGAAGAAACGGCCGGUGAUACGGUGGGAACGGAUGAGCCAGGCGGGACGGAAACUGGCGAUGGAGGUUCAGUCGGCUAUGCAGAACCCGCCUUAUAGGGAGUUGUUUGACUUUAGGCCUAGCGCUGGGCCAUCCCCGUUGCUCUUGAUACUAGACCGCCGAAACGACCCCCUCACCCCGCUGUUGUCUCAGUGGACUUAUCAAGCGAUGGUACAUGAGCUUAUAGGGAUCACCAAUGGCCGCGUCCGAAUAGAACACGAAGAGAAGCUAGAAUUACGGGAUAUCGUCCUCUCCCCAUCUUCCGACCCCUUCUUUGCCCAAAACCUCUUCUCCAACUUUGGCGAUCUCGGCGCCGCCAUCGCCUCCUACGUCUCCGACUAUCAAUCCAAAAAUUCCACCCUCGCCGGCGGGGGCAGCAACAGCAAGAACAGGAUCGAAACGGUGGCGGACAUGAAGCGGUUCGUGGAGGAGUAUCCGGAGUUCCGGCGAUUAGGCGGGAAUGUGACCAAGCAUGUGACGUUGGUGGGCGAAUUGAGCCGGAUCGUGGAGAGGGAUGAGCUGUUGGGCGUGAGUGAGGUGGAGCAGAGUCUGGCUAGCCAGGAGAGCCACCAGGCGGAUCUGAGAAGCGUCAUGACACUUCUCGCCAGCCCUCGCGUUCCAUCCAGCAACAAGCUCCGCCUCGCUAUCCUCUACGCCCUGAGAUAUCAAAAAGCCCAAGGCAACCAGAUCGCCACCGUCGUCGACGCGCUCAUACGCAAUGGUAUCUCGGCGGACAAGGCGCGACUCGUAUACGUCAUGCUCAACUUUGCGGGCGCGGAUGUCCGGCAGGACGACCUGUUUAUGAAUGAUAAUCUGUUUUCGAGGGGCAAGUCGGCGUUGAAGGGGCUGAAGGGAGUGGAGAAUGUGUAUACACAACAUACGCCUCAUCUGAUGCAGACGCUGGAUAUGCUCCUCAAGGGACGGCUGAAGGAGACGAGCUAUCCGUCCUUGGAGGGAGACGAGGCUGCUCGGGCACAACGACCACAAGAUAUCAUAGUCUUCAUGCAUGGCGGGACGACCUAUGAGGAGGGGCGGGCUAUCGCUUUGCUGAAUCAACGGUUGGCUAGUGAUAGGGAGGGAGGUCCGGGCGGGACGAGAAUAUUGCUCGGAGGGAGUAUGGUCCACAACUCAGCAAGCUUCCUCAACAUGGUCGAAUCCUCCGCCGAACACUUCCCUCCAGAUAUCUAUACCGCCCCCUCCUCCGUCGGCGGAACAUCCACCUAUUCCUUCCCUUCCUCCUCAUCCUCAUCCACCCCCGCUCCCGGACCUUCUGGAACGAGCGCGGCGGGCCCGAGCACACCGGGCCUCAACCUCCGAGCGGGCGGCUAUGAGCUGUCUGUGGGUGGAACAGCGGGGAGUGGGCUGUAUAGGACGCAAGAGGAAGCAGGGGCGAGUGUAAAUCUGGGACAGGUGGGGCAAGGGGCGAGCAGUGUGGCGGAGGGACUGAGGGAUGGGGCGGGGAGGUUGUGGGGGAGCGUUAGGGCCAAGGUGGAGGAGAGGGUAAGUAGGACGGGGACGCCGCUAGGAUAG